AGGAAAUUUCGAUCUUCCAAAUCAACGACAAUGGAUUCUUCUUCUGACGAAGCAAGUUCGCAUCCAAGGGAGAAUAUCUUGGACGACGGGGAUACAUACUGGAAUGAGGAAUUCUUUCCUGAACUUGUGCAAAUGUGGGUCAGAAACUCGGAUUUUGAAGCAGGCGCACAAAACAACAGCAGUUUCGAAAGUUCCGACGAAGAUCCAGAGCAGAGCACUACUGAACUGUCGGAUGAAGAACUGAACAGCUCUACGGCGCUUGACGAACAAGCGGAAAGUGACCGCUCCAUCGUCGUUGACGAAGAAGCGAGACACAACCGUUCCAUCGUGCAUGAUGAAGAAGGAAGUAACAGCACUAUCGUGGUUGAGGACACGAUAACCAACCACUCUGUCGUGCAUGAUGAAGAAGCGAGAAACGAAGGUAAUAUCGUGCUUGGCGAGGACGCAAGAACUGACGAAGAGGAGGAAAGCUACAGUUCUGACGGGUACUCCGAAGACGACGAGAGGGCGAAGAGCUCCGCUGCUGUUCCCAACGCGGAUUCAGAGAGAUCGAUUUUCUUACAGUUACUUAAAACCUACUCCGCAUUUCGCAACGCUACAUCUGCAAACAAUGAGUCUGUUACCAUACUUGAAAAAAGCUCCACGACUGGUGUGGGAAAUGCACUGGAUUCAGAGAGAUCGCUUUUGUCUCCGUCACGAGAAACCUCACCUUCUGACAGCAAUACUUCGUUUGCAGGCUGUGAGCCUGUCACAGUGCCCGUCAGCGAAAGCUCCGCCGCUGACCCUGACGAGGCCGGUGUUCCAGGAAGUCUACAUCUCACAAGAGCACGAGAAGCCUCUUCUUCAAUAAGCAACGUAUCUGGAGACAAUGAGUCUGGUGUUGUGCCAGGGGAGAGCUCCUUUGCUGAAUCUAGAGAGAAAUUGGACUCGCCUUUGCUUCACUCACAGCCAAUGGAAAACUUUCCUCAAACCAGCAGGACUACAUCUGCAAACAAUGAGGGCGACCUAUCUUCGACAAUGGUGCUCCGGAACGAAAUCUUACGCUGUCUGGAUAAUCUCACUACUUUGCUGACUAAUGUGGUUGAGAGCCUUGGUGCUGACAAUGAGAACGCGGUGAAGGAUGCACAGUCGCAUUUGCCCCAGUCACAGGAAGAUUCUUCUCUAUUUAACACCGCUAUAUCUGCAGACAAUGAGUUGAUUAUCAACGGCGAGCCCAUGAAACGCGAAGUAGACGACCCUGGUUAUCGUUAUGCGCAAUACUUGUCUGAGAUGACGAACAGAACUAGAGAUAUUCCAUUCGAAGAUUGGCUGGAGAUCACUUCAGAUGCUGGUGUUGCAGUUUACGACAGGGACCGCUACCAUUACGUUGACGGUAAAUGCUAA